AAUUCACGUUUCCAACACAGCUCGAUCGACUUUACGCUAUCGAUAAAUCACGUCCAAGCAGACGCAUAUGCAUCGCCUUCAAGAAUUAGCGUUUUCAUGGACUGGUUUGCGGCUUCCGACAUCCGCCAGAUCGCUCUGGCCGAUUAUGUCUCCAGAGCUGCUGCCGCCUUUAUCCGUACUAAACACAUGGACCAGUCUGUAGGUUCUGGGAACUCUGGCUGGUCAGGCCCUAAAGGUGGAGCUUUCACCAUCAACGCUCCAGCUCAGGAAGUUUUGCCUCGUACCAGUGCUCUCAUCGUGCCCGGCAAGGAUCAGAGCCUCGAGAUGCGGUUUACAGUGUCCCUACCUGCUCGUGGCCGUACCAUUCUCGGCAGGGAAGCCAAAGCAAUUUUGUGCGUCAACCUCCCGGAACUCAUCAAGAAGACAAUGCUCUACACGUCGCACGCAGCUGAGGAGCUCAAAACUCAUAUUCACUGCGUGGAGGACCAAGCGUACAUGCGCUCUCAACUUGAAGCUAAGGGCUUGGUUGCUUUCGUCGGAAACGGGUCAAUUCUCCCAAGAGCUAGCGGAGCCUCUGCCCGCAGUAUGACUGGUAAGCACGUUGUGCCUUUUGAGUCGCCACCUAAACUCGAAGUUUUCUUGAAGCGUAAGCAUGGCCACAAAGUACGUGGUAUGGGCAUUUCCAAAGGAGUCACUCUGCUCACUGGUGGUGGCUAUCAUGGCAAGUCGACUCUCCUAGAGGCUCUCCAGUUUGGCAUCUACAACUAUGUUCCGGGCGAUGGUCGAGAACUAGUCGUCACCGACCCUGCUGCGGUGAAAGUCCGCGCUGAAGAUGGUCGCAGUGUUACAGGAACAAAUAUUAGCGCCUUCAUCAAAAAUCUGCCAGCAGAAAGAAACACAGAUGUAUUCACCACUGACGACGCCAGCGGCNNCUCAACUUCAAUGGCAGCUAAUAUCUCAGAAGCUCUCGAACUGGGAGCACAAGUCAUCAUAGUAGACGAAGACACUUCUGCUACAAAUCUUCUCGUCAGAGAUGAGCGCAUGCAGAUGCUCAUCAAGAAUGAGCCGAUUACUCCUCUUGUCUCGAAAGUGCGCGCUCUGUACGACCAGCACGGUGUCAGCACAAUCAUCGUGGUUGGAGGACUUGGUGACUGGCUGGAUGUCGCAUGCCAUAUCAUUGGAAUGGACUCAUAUGUUCCUCGGGACUUAACCAAGGAAGCACGAGAUCUUAUCGAAAGAACGCCCAGAAAGGUUGUGCAAGACAAGAAGUACGGCACACUAUCCGACAGAAGUGUCGGCUUUCCGGCAGCGAUUCUGCAUGACAAGACUCCGUAUGCCAAGAGGAAAGACUUUAUUACCAUCUAUGCCGACCGAGCGUUGCAAGACCCGUCACAAAACGAAGCAGGAAUUGACAUCGCCGGUGUCGAGCAACUGGUGGAGGUGGGUCAGACACGGACUAUUGCACACUCCAUCCGUGCACUCGCUCUCGCGGAGGAUUCUGAANNGGGCAGUGUCCAUCUAAACUCAGCCUUGGUAGGCAUCGAGGCUGAGGUUGCCUUGGAGAAAGCAAUCCCAGAGAAGCUGCCGGGAGGUGAUCUUGUGGCAGUUCGUCGCUUUGAGCUAGGCGCAGCUGUCAAUCGCAUUCGAGGCUUAGCGUCACGAGCAGCAAAGGAAGAGGCCCAGACGGGAGAAGGACCAAAGAAGAAGGCACGCAUUGAUACUUGA